AUGGCCUCAAAAGUGAUCACGAACGCCAAGAACUUCUUAAAGAUUCUCCGGUCUUUCCAGGAUGAUGGAGACAAGGACGCGGUCACGUGUGACGAAGACGUCCAGAUAUUAAGGAUGAAUGGAGAUGCCUUUCCUGUGCUUACGGCGCUUUGUGGCAAAGAGACAAUCUUCAUCUGCGAAAAACCAGUCCAGAAAGUAACAACAACUGAAGAUGGUGAAAUGGAUGAGGCAUCCUCAUGCUCUGAUGAUGCAUGCUUUGUACCACCGGUAGACUUAGGACCACAGCCUCUUCCUAUCAUGAAAGCAAGGCAACUUGUGUCUUGGUACACAAUAUCCCAAAACACAAAUGUUUCUUCAGUUGAAAACCAAGCCCUACAUCCUCUGUGGGUGCGUUGCGACAUGAAUGAUCCAGCCAGAACAUCCUGGUUGGGAGCAGAAAUGGUUUGCACUGGCAGUAAAGUUAUGGGAGUCAAAUUAUACUCUAUCACAUGCAAAGGUUCAAGUGCGGACAGAAGGUCACUCAUCACCUUGGAUGAACUCAAGCAAGAACACAAGAAAAGACACCAUUCGUCCUCGAUGGUGAUUAAAGGCAGUGCAGAGUUCAACCUAUUUGGCUCUGUUGUUGUUGAAAACACCACUAUUGGGUCCCAAAGUUCUGUGACUGUGGAUUUUAAAUGGAGCCAUGUAGAAAGUAUUCUUGAGACCCCGCCGCUGUCCUCUACUGCCACUCUGAAUAUCAGAAUCUCCAGUGGGGACACAAGGAGCCCAAUGUUCCAGAUGUACAGAGAGUUGGAGUUUCUUCAGAUUCUUGCAGAUGGUUUAAGAACUGGUGAGACUGAAUGGAUGGAGCCCUUAGAGACCAAGUCCGCUGUAGAAUUGACCAAGGCCUACCUGGAAGAACUUCAAACUCCUCCAAAUAUACAACAAGAUCAGGCUACAAAACCAGAAGAGACACCAAAGACAAAAUCUGAGCCAGAUACUUCCAUUUUCAGCUCCUUCAUGGAACGUGGCGAUCUGGAUUUUGUAGAACAGCUGUGGGUUCGGAUGAGAAAAAGUGUGGCUUCAUAUCAAGACAUCGGGGACUGUCUGAAAUUAGUUAUUAAAGCUUUGCAAUAUGGUGACAUCAAACCAUGGAUUCACAGAGACAGUAGCAGCUCUCUCAGUAAGCUCAUCCUGCAGUCCUACCACCAGCAGAUCAGUCACGUGUCUCUUACGGGUCUCACCCCUGUCAACAUGCUGCUGGAAAUGGGUCUGGACAAAAUGAGGAAAGACUACAUUAACUACCUCAUUGGGCAAGGAUUGACGACUCUUAACCAUUUGAGUUACUUUCUCAGCACGGAGGUGGACCAUCAGGAGCAAGUGAUCCGUGUGAGGAAACUGCACCAUCUGCUGGAGGUAGUUACCAUCUGCAGUACGUUUUUAGGCUUGCCCUUCGACCGGCUGUUCAGCCUCACACAAUUGUGUUUGCAGUACUACAAAGCGUGUCCGUACGACGAGGACCACGAGUUCAAACUGCAAAUAAAACCUGCUCUGAUCAGUCAUUUCUACCAGGAAGAACAACCAAUGCUGUGGGGGGUUGAGGUGUCUAGCGGCCAUGGCUACCGUGAAGGCAGGACGUUACUGCAGCUCAGUGACAGACCGCUGGUUGACCACAUUACCUUUGAAACAGAUUACCCAAAUGACACGCUCACCGGGGACAGCGUGGACGUAGCUUACUUCACCUCCAUGGCGUGCUCCAGCCUCGUCAGCUUCGCUUGAACCAAGAGAAUUCACAAAGCACAACUGAGGUCUUCUUUACAACUU